AUGAUUGAUGAUACUCAGAAUAACCGUUUUUCUCAAGCGAACUCGAAUCUUGAAUGGGUCUCAUAUGAUUCAAAUAUGGUUGAACAAGCAUCUCAUUAUCGUAAAUGGCUUGAAACCGGCUGUAAUAACAUGGAAUUCACUAUCGAAGAUAGUAUCCAUAGUUAUUUAAAGGUAAAGGAAGAGUUCGAGAAUGACCCUCAUAUAAAUCAAGUUGAGAAAUUAUUUCAAGAAGCAAUUGAUAUGCAUGAUCCAGGACUUAUCGUGAAAGCUUACACAUUGGAAACCCUUUUUUAUCGAGUGUUGAAUAGAGAUCUAGCAGCUACAUCAGCUGAUAUGUUAAAUCAAAAAUAUAUAUUUGAUGCAGAGAUCAAACCUUUUUGGCAAACUUACGGACGGUUAGCUGCUAUUAUUGCUCGACAUCCAUCUUUGCGUAAAUAUGGAGUUCAAGGUUCGUUUUAUCGUGGUAUGGCAUUGAGUACAGAGAGCUUGUUGAAAUAUAGAAAAGAAAAACGUAUCUUAAUUAAAACUUUUGCUUCAUGUUCAAGCGACUCUCUAGUUGCCAAAGAGUUUGCAAUAAAAAAUCUUGACCUAAAAACUGACAAACGUCCUGCUCUAUGCACAUACACCAUUACUGGUAAACGUUCAGCAUUGAAACUAGACGAUCUGUCAGCAUAUCCACAUGAAAGAGAAGUGUUAAUUGUACCAUUUUGUGUAUUCGAAAUUGUAAAAAUUACAUCACACAUGUUCAAGUGGUCGAAUAAAGAUGGUACGGUCAUGACAAAAGAAGGACUAGAUAUCGAAUUACAAGAAUGUCAAAAACAAAAUUCCAACUGUCAAUUGAUGUAA